CAUUUAAAAAUCUGAAUUGUUAGUCAACCUUAGCGUACUGGACAUGAAAUUACCAAACAUUUAGGAUUGUGUCAUAGAACAAAGAAAAAAAUAAGAAUAAAAAAGGUGGAUUUGAAAACGUUUUUCAUUUACAUCCGGAUUUGGUAUAGGGGUCUUGUCAAAGGGUCAGAAUCCACCGUGAGUGUCCCUUCGUUUAAAGAUGUACGGUGCUAAUGUCGGAGUGCUCCUGCAGGUGCUGUGGGCCCAGCUCCUGUUAGGGUGGGCGCGGGCCUCCGAGCUUACUUUUGAGCUCCCAGACAACGCCAAGCAGUGCUUCUACGAGGAAAUCACAAUCGGGACCAAGUGUACCCUGGAGUUCCAGGUUGUCACUGGAGGUCACUACGAUGUGGAUUGUCGACUUGAAGACCCAGAGGGAACCGUCCUCUAUAAGGAAAUGAAGAAGCAGUAUGACAGCUUUACUUUCACUGCAGCAAAGAAUGGGUCUUAUAAAUUCUGUUUUAGCAAUGAGUUCUCCACUUUCACACACAAGACUGUCUACUUUGACUUCCAAGUUGGAGAAGAUCCUCCUCUGUUUCCCAAUGAGAACAGAGUUACUGCACUGACUCAGAUGGAGUCUGCUUGCGUUUCAAUUCACGAAGCCUUGAAGUCUGUUAUCGACUAUCAGACCCACUUUCGCCUGAGGGAAGCUCAAGGACGCAGCCGUGCAGAGGACCUGAACACCAGAGUAGCUUUCUGGUCCGUCGGAGAAGCAGUUAUCCUUCUAAUUGUUAGCAUUGGCCAGGUGGUCCUCCUAAGGAGCUUUUUCUCAGACAGGAAAACCACCACGACCCGGGUUGGAUCCUAACGAAUUACAUUACACAAUGCACUCUGUCCACAACCACACCUGGCACUGUUCAUAAAGUAGGUACCGAUGGACUUUCAACAAAUAAAAUGAAACAGGGUUCGGACCUUUUAUAAAACUUACCAUCGCUAUGGAUUUUUCUUUACAAUAAAUACUGCAUUAUGAAUUUAAAGAUGUUCACUGCUUAUACAACCUUUAAAGACCAGAAAUAAGGUUAAAAAAGCUCUAAUUACCUGACAUAUGACACUUAAUUUUGUUUUAUGUGGACUGGACGGUUGAUGGCCUCAUACAUUUUCUAUGUUGCAUUACCAUUUUCUUUUUUACGUUUACUUGUAUUAAUAUAUUUGACUUCACAGUAGGUCCCUAAGAUUAAAUGUGUGUAUCUGAACCCUAAUGAUCUGGCUGUAUGAUUAAUAGACCCUGACUUGUCAUUAAUGCAAUGAUGUGCAUUCUAAAGUUAUAGUUGGUUCAUUACAUCAUAGAAGAAGAAAACAGCUCUUUGUUUAAAAGUGGUCUGUAUAUCUAGUUGAAUUAAAACAUCCAAUAUCAA